AAUUACCGCGUCUGCUCAGCAUCCACUAUUAUCGAGAGAGAGAGAGAAAGAGAGAUCGAGUUCUAAUAAUUGAGAUGGCGCUCCGAGCUGCGAUUUCCAGGCGAGUCAUGAAUCCGAGUUUAGCCUACGCAACUCGGUCCAUUUCCUCAUGGAGAAACGUUGACUCCCAGCGUGGAGCCACUGAAGCCUUCGUAGCGGAUCCUACCGCUAACAAACUCGAUACUGGAUUUGGAGGAGCGUAUCCUGGAUAUUUUGGAAAGCCGGAAAUCAAUAGGCAAUAUUCUUCAAUGGGCGAAACUGUGAAUGCAAUUGAUGAAAAGUUGAAGCUUGCCUUUGGGGAGAAUUCUAAUUUGAUUAAAGCAAAAGGUUUUGUUCAUGGCAAUGAAGAACGAGCCUUAGCUAUGAAGAGUCAGCUGCAGCAGUUUGUCAGACCGCUGUACAGAAAUCCUGUUCAUGGUGCACUAAUUGGUUCAACUGUUCUUGGUAAUUCCUUCUCUCUGGCUAAUAUCCGCACCAGUCACAGCCAGGCAGGCGUUACUUUAGGCAGUGGUGGAGUCUCGGCCAAGCUUCGUCCCUUGUCACCCCAUCUUACCGUUUAUAAGCCACAGUCCACCUCUACUUCUUCGAUUUUCCACAGAAUUGCUUACAUAUACAUGGGUGUUGCAGCUUUGUUCUAUUAUCUCCUGUAUCUGAAAAUGGGCAUGAUUUGCUUUACCUAUGAGAAAUUCUACCAGUUCUUCUAUUAUGCAUCAGGGCUCUUCCCAAUUAUCAACGAGCUUUCUGUUGUAGCCCUGGCCUACUAUGUGUUUAAGGGAGCUGCGCAAUACAUUAAAUUUAGAUAGAAAUGCUAGCUUUAGAGAAUAAUGUGGCGUACGGUCCCUAGAAUCACUUGCCUGUGUGCUGAGUGUUUAUUAUUUUGCUUCAACUUUUACCCAUCACAUUUUCAAGGAUAUAGAAAUGACUUGGUGUGGAAGUGACCAAGGUUUGAGGUGUAAUUUUUUUGAAGUUUGUUCCGUAAGACAACAUAGUACAGUGAUUAUGUGAUGAAUAAUGGUUUAAUCAGCUCCAUUUGUGAAUGAGUUGUUUUGAAA